AUGCAUUGUGAGGCCAUACGUGGAAUUCAUGAGGCGAAGUUUACGGAAGAAUUUUCUAGGGGCAACGAUACUGGAAAAGGGUUAUCGCAUGCUUGCCACAGUACGCGAUUUCCCAGGGACAUUGCAUCUGGCCAAUUAAAUGCCCAUCCUGAAAGACCACAGUUGCCUCGAAUGGUAUUUGAUCUAACAUAUUUAACAGCCUCACCACCAGUACUGCCUCCGCCACCACCGCUAUCACGACCACCACCACCACCACCCCGUCCACCUCUGCCAGCACGACCACCACCACCAAUAGUACCAAUGCUUGGAAACCCUUCAGCCGCUGUUUCGCCCUGUAACAGUGAUAGUUUCAUUAGGAUGCCACUACCACGACCACCACAGCCGCCACCACGUUAG